AGAUAAGAAUAAAAGUACAUUGGGUUAUAACAGUCAUCAUAUGUUUACUUACAUAAGAAAACAUUGAUAAAGUAAUAUUGUAUUUAAACAUUCAGACAUUAGAAUCAGUUGACUUUAACAACGAUACAUUAUUCAGUACACAGAAUGUUUAACGAACAUUCAAUAACACAAAGAAAGAGAAGAUCUAUGACUUUGGACGUGAAAAUGAAAAUUUUGAAUCGACUUGAAGAAGGAGAAAAACCCACAGCAAUUGCUAAGGCAUAUGGGAUAAAUGAAUCCACUGUCCGAACAAUCAAGAAAAGGAAGAAAAAUAUUAGGAGUAGCGUAGCCUGUGGAACCUUGACAAGUUCACAAUAUUCAUCGUAUACAAGAAAUCCCGUAAUAGAAAAUAUGGAGAAAGCACUGAUGAUUUGGAUGGUUGACAACAUGCAAAAAAAGAUACCCAUGAAUAAUUUAAUGAUAAGAGAAAAAGCUGUGCAUAUUUUCAACAGGAUAAAAGAACUAGCUACAUCAAUUGAUAAAAUGGACACUUUUUCUGCAAGUAAAGGAUGGUUUCGAAACUUUAAAAGAAGACAUUCAUUACAGAAAUGUAAUGUGUUACUAGUAGAUCAUGAAUUAACCGAUUUUGACUUUAUACAUAUCAUAUCUGAAACACAACCUAAUGAUAAAUGCAACAGUGACUACAAAGAAACAGAUUCACUCACUGCAGAAAAUCUUUGUAAAGCUCUUGAAUUAGCCAAAAAAUUGGAAAGUGCUAUUAUAUACAAUGAUCCAAACAUUCAACGUGCCUCAAAAUUUCGACAAGAUUUAAUGAAAUGUUGUAGUGAAUAUCAACAAAUUUAUGAAAACUUAGUAAAAGAAAAGAUUGAGAACAAGUCAUCCAAAAAAAUUAACAAUAACAAUGAGAAUGAUGUUGAUCUUCCAAAUAUUUCUAGUGAUGAAGGUGAUAUGUUUGUGCCAAUUAAAAAGAAAAGGUUGAAUUACAGUAGUGAUAGUGACAUUGAAUAAAAUUUACUUUUGUUUCCUAAAACGUCAUUUUUUUUUUUUUUAACUAUUUGAAAUAAAUAUAUGUUUCUAAAGUUUAUAUGUACUAGCUUUUAUUUUCAAUAUCUUUUCUUUUGUACUGACUUUAUUUACGCGAUUUUUAUUCGUGUAACACAAAUCCUACGUGGAACGGAUACUCUGUGUAAAUUGGACAGAUGCAUCAUACAUAUGUGUGUCAACACAUGUGCAUAGAUAGGUACAUAUCACCACCGACGAGGUAUAGAAUAGAUAUGACAUUCAUUGCUUUUUCGCGUCUCAUGUUUUGGGGGUUACCUAAUCCCCCAUAUCAUUUUCGUAUCGCAUGCAACGUUAUCAAUUUAGUACAGUAAUGGUUUUAAUUGGAAUCAAUGGAACUAAAUUUUCCUAUAAAAUUACAAAAAAGGUAUAGGAUAGCCUAUACAAAAGUUUUCGAGAAUGGGCAAACUCGUUUUAUAUGAUAUACGUGACCCGUGGUGAAGAUAUCACGACCAUCCAUGACCACGAUUCACGGCAGAAAUGAAAAGGGAGAUGGUAAAAUGAACAUAGAAGAAAUUCAGCCAAAAAUACGCUCCACAAAUUACUCCCGAACUAUACGCACAUUUCUUUCUCCUGCAUUUGGUGAGAGAAACGUGCGUGUGCACUGAUACCUUACUGAUCAGUCCUUUAGCAGGUCCUGGACGAAAUAAAUAUUUUCACUUUCUGUUCUGCACGUCCUCUUUCGCAUCUACUUCGAAUUCCUACGAUUUUUGACAUGGUGACACCAUUUAGCGGUUAAAAAGGUUUAUUACCUGUUAAUACCACUGAUGAGCCGAUAGACGGAGCUGCCGUAUAAUUUUUGCCUGUUCAUGGUCAGUUUACAUUAUAUGCACUUGUAUCUUGUAACAAUCUAAUCGUGUAAGGACGAAAACAAGAGGAGUACAAUCAAAAUCAAAUAAUCAUUUAGUUUUUUAGUUUAUUGAGGAAUCAGAGAAAUUGAAACCUGUUACUGUACAUUUUAUAAAUAUAAUACUUUUGUAAAAUUCACGAAAUAUAAACAUAUUGUGUAAA